AUGGCAGCGCGCGAUGGGGAAGGGUCUAUUCGGUGUGCGUCGGUGCGUGGGGAAAUAAAGCUGCGCGUUGACCACGCGAAUAAUAAUAAUAAUAAUAAUAAUAAUAAUAAUAAUAAUAAUAAUAAUAAUAAUAAUAAUAAUAAUAAUAAUAAUAAUAAUAAUAAUAAUAAUAAUAAUAAUAAUAAUAAUAAUAAUAAUAAUACUAAUAAUAAUAAUAAUAAGUUGGAAUGUCAGCCGUCGAUGUUGAUCGGACGAUUGCGAUCGAAUGUUGAGAUGUAA